AUGAUCCCUCGCAACGCUCACAAAAGGUCACUCUCUUCGGAGCACCGAUCCUUGUCUCCUGACCGGACCGUCACCAAAGCCAAAUCCACCACUAAUCUGGCAGAUAUCGCGUCUUCCAACGGCAAGCCCAGUUCCAAGUUCGACGACAGCAGUUUCAGCACUUUGCAGGAUCCGCGACUGACAGACGGCUCGGAGGUUUCACAUUCGACGUCAUCGUCUCACCAUCCCGAUCUGAGCAAUGAAGUCGCUGCACUGUCUGUGAAACUGAUCCAGGCUAUCAACAAUCAAACAAACCUCGAUGACAGCUUAGUCGCUACCCGCCAAGAACUAGAGCUGGCCCAGGGAAAGAUCCAAGCUCUUGAAUUUCAAAACGAUAAAUACAAACGAGACCUGGAGAACAAAGUUUAUAUUAAGAAAGCCGAUUCAGACCGCGAAAUCCUGCAAUUGAGAGAUGCACUUGCAGAAGAAACGACCCAACGGACCGCUGCCGAAAAGGGCAAAAAGACGAUCGAGCAAGAAUUGGAAACUCUCACAGCGGCUCUGUUCGAAGAGGCCAACAAGAUGGUAGCCGCGGCCAAGAUCGAGCGCGAGGCGGUGGAGAAGAAGAAUGAACAAUUACGCUCACAGGUCAAAGACACAGAGAUGCUCCUCGCGUCGCACCAGGAUCAGCUAGCUGAGCUCAAGUCUGUUAUGCAAGGGAUGCAUGUUCACAAGGACGAGGUAGAAGCUCGCCCCGCCACCGCUCCUUCAUCGCCAGCUGGGCCUCCACAGGCUCCAAACUCUGCUAAGCCAGAUCCCGGGUUGGAGGCUGAUUCUACCCCAGCCGAACCUAGCGAAGAAUUCACGCCUGGUCCCUCCUGCAACUUCCCGCAGAUCCUUCGCAUGAUCUGCCGGACUGAUCUGCAAGCUUACGAAGAUUUCCGCGAUCUGCUGGUGCUCUCUCGCAGCUCCAAGCCCCCAAGCCGGGCCACCAGUGGGUCUUAUGGAGGGCUGAACGUGAUGGGCCUGGCAAGCUUUGCAAGUGGGGGAGUUUCGUCGGUCACCUCAUCUCCCACCAAGGGAUUCUCGCAUUCACCUAAUGGAAGCAUGUCCUCCACAACCGGGUCACAUGUUCCUUUGAAGGAAACUCGUUUCUACAAGCGCGUGCUCAUGGAAGACAUUGAACCCACUCUCAGACUCGACCUGGCGCCGGGCAUAUCAUGGUUGACUCGCCGUACCGUCCUCAGUGGCAUAUGUGAAGGCAGCCUUGUCGUGGAGCCGAUGCCCAUGGCAGCUAAGAAAUUCGAAUUCCCUUGCUCCGUCUGUGGUGAGCGCCGAACAGGCGCACCCAAUGAAAGAACCCACCGGUUCCGCACAUCAGACAGUGAGACGGCCCAGCGCUAUUCACUCUGUAUGCUCUGUUUAGAACGUGUGCGCUCAUGCUGCGAAUUCACUGGAUAUCUGCGUCUAAUCCUUGACGGACACCUUCGUGCAGGUGAUUCCGAAGAAGAGAAGGAAAUUUGGGAUGAGACCAUUCGCCUCCGAGAGCGAAUGUUCUGGUCUCGAAUUGGAGCCGGUAUCAUUCCAUUGCACCGGGCGACUGAGCCAGAUUCUCAAGUGGAGCCGACCGAUAUCAAUAUUGACACUGCUGCGGAGCAUGAUGAUCAGUAUCUUCGUCCCGUUGAUGUUACCAAAAUUGAUGUCGACAAUGACAGUGUUUCCCCAACGACGGGACAUACACUCGCACCCGAAGCAGCUGAUUCUCGCUCCUUGAAUGAGCACGCAGUUCCUACCGGAUCACCAAGGCCUCAGAGCUCUAUCUACGACAAAGAUGAAGAUGAUAAUGCUUCUGUCAUAGACGAGGAACACAAACGGAUUUCUAUCGAUUCAGAGCACAGCAUCUACGAAGAAGCUACAACUGAGGUCGAUCCGGUUCCUGAUCACAGUAUUGAAACUCCCACCGUGCCUUCGAUUCAAGAGCCCAGCGCACAAACCGAAGAGCCUGAUACAGAUCUUGUCAAACCCACUGGCCCGAGCACCGCUUGA